AUGUAUGCUGAUGACAUAGCCAUUUUCAUCAACCCAACACGUGAAGAUGUCUCCAAUUUGAUAGAAGUGCUCUUACGGCGACCUUCACCUCCUGCUCAUCCCAACGCCGAACCACCCACCCACAAAACAGAAGAAGCACCAGAGCCAAAUCGAGAGCAGCUAGCAAUGGCUUCCAAGAUCUCGCUGAAGCUUCUCGUCGACAACAAGACGAAGAAGGUCUUGUUCGCUGAGGCAGGCAAGGAGUUCGUCGACUUCGUCUUCAGCCUCCUCACCCUCCCGAUCGGCGCCGUGGUGAAGCUCAUCUCAGCCGGCACCAUGCAGGGCAGCAUCGGGCGCCUAUACCAGAGCGUGGACCACAUGGGCGCCUCCUACCUGCUGCCCGGCGCCGACAAGAAGGACCUGCUCCAGCCCAAGGUGCUGCAGCCGGACGGCCGCGAGCUGCUGCUGCUUCAGGGAGCCGGCACCGGCGACGGCACCGACGACGCGUCGCCGCUGUCCAGGUUCAAGAUGUACACCUGCGCAGGUCACUGCGUGACGGUGACGAUGGAGGCCGGGGCCCAGUGCCCCCAGUGCAGGCAGGCGAUGGCCACAGAGAUGGUGUUCGUGCUGCCGUCCGCAACGGCGAGGCCCGGCGGCGGCGGCGCGGCGGGAGCGUCGGCCGCGGAGGACUCUGGCGGGUACGUGAAGGGCGUGGUGACCUACAUGGUUACCGACGGGCUCGAGGUGACGCCCAUGUCGGCCAUCUCCAGCAUCACGCUCAUCAACAGGUUCAGCGUCGGCAAGGACGUCGACCUCGCCGAGAAGUUCGUCACCGUCGGCAUGGACGAGGGUCUGGCUCUUCUCAAGGCGGCGCUGCGCUCCGACACCGUGCUCUCCGAUGUCUUUCUGGCGAGGAAGAAGUGAAGUGAUCGAGAUGCUGAAUUGGUGACGUUCGUCUUGGUGGUGGUGGAGGUGUCGAUCGGUCGUUUUGUUGUUGGUGGUGUCUUCUUUAGUUUCAGUAUUCGUACUUCAAUUCUAUGCCCUCUGUCUGUCUCGUCUUGUCACUGUCGGUGGAUGGUGGUGCUGGUUUGAUUUGGUUCCGAUCCGUGUUCUUUGGAUGAACACCUAUUUAUGGUUAGGUAGGUUGUUACGGGCGUCUCCAGUUUCAUUGAAACCUUCUAGGCUAGUCCCAGUGCACUAUUUCAUUGCACUGUUUUUAAGGAUACCACAUCAUCCUAUGAGGUGUAUUCUCAUAAAUGAAACAGGAAGUCCCAGUGCACAAUUUUAUUUCACGAUUUCAUAGG